AUGUCGCGAACACUUCGUCGCUCCUGUACCGCCUGUUACAAGUACAAACAUAGCUGUGAUCUCCGCACUCCGCGCUGCUCGCGCUGUAUCAAGCGCAACGUUCCGUGCGUCUACGCCAAUCAACCUUUGACAGUACCGGAGGAUAGCGGAUUGACGAUAGCGCCCAAUCACUCGACUGCUUUGACCAGCUACAGGUUCCCCGGUCUCGACCCUUUCGACUCCUAUCCCCAAACGCGAUUGCCCCGGGAACGCGUUCAACGUCUGAUCCAUAGUUUCCUGCACAAAAUUGCGUUUCAGUACUAUCCGCUGGACUUGAAUGCAACGACCAAUCCGUUUCUUAUUUCAUGGUGGCCGCUGGCUCUGGGCGAUCCGGCUUUGUUUCAUGUCUCCCUGCAGACAGCGUGUCUGGACGAAGAGCUGCUCGCUCAGAAGGGCUUCCAGGGCUCGGAAAUUCUCAUGACUGACUCGGUGUCGCUACUACGCCGCAAGAUUGAAGACCAGUCCCUAGCUGUUCAGGAUGGGACGAUGAACUCCGUUAUCACCUUGGCGGCUAUUGAAUUUGGCAAGGGGAAUGUCGACAUUGCCGGGAUGCAUGUCCGCGGGGUUAAGAGGUUGGUCACGCUGAGAGGCGGCAUCAAUUCAGUAAGACAGACCAGCCCUUUGACUGCUCGGAUGAUCAGUUGGGUAUCGAUGCUUGUCAUGGGCCACCCCCAGUUCGAAACGCAGGACGAUGUCGGCAUCGGAGAUGGCAUUCCCUCAACUCCUGAAUACCAAUACGCUUCCUCGACGGACCUCACUGAGGACGUAGUAGUCGAUUUUGUCCACAUUUUUGAUGACAAUCUUGAGUACUCAAUUCGGAACGUCUUCAUCCGUCUCCGCAAUGUCUUUCAGCGUGCGCGCCGUAUACCCUUCCCACCGACCCAUCUCCACGACCUGACAUGUUUUGUCAUCCACCGACUACUUCUAUCGGCCCCUUCAGACUCUGCGGGACCAAGUUCUCCAACUCCGUCAUCAAUACCAUCCUCUAUAGCCGAAUGCAUCCGCUACGCCACCAUCAUCUACAUGUUCAUCAUCCAUGGACCCACAUACUACUCACACGCAGUCAUCUUGAACACGAUGGUCAUGCGAUUUGUGCAGCAUCUCAAGCUCCUCGAUCUGAUGCCCCACAUCCAUUCCUCCCUUGAUGUUUGGUUCGUAGCAAUUGGGAUGGUUGCUUCCACCGGAACUGACCCCGCUCACUACCAAUGGUUCUUGGAGAGAGCCCGGAUGGUAGCAGGCGCCUUGAACCUAAGGAGCUGGAGCGACGCAAUCGACAGAGUCAAAAAUAUCCUGUGGUUUGAGACCCCCCAGGGAGAUGCGAUCUUUCGCCCGCACUUGGAUGCGAUUUUUAGCGAUGCAACAGAUAUCUCAUGCUCGCGACGGGCUACCGCGAACGGCACACUUGCCCGAUACGUACACAUGACAUGA